AUGCCUGGUGUGACGCGCUACGCUGUGCAACAGGCGCGCGCGAACAAUCUGCACUAUGGAGUUGGCCAAAUCGCUCAGCGGACGCCAGCCACGCCGCGCAAGUCGCGCCCUCUAGAUGCGAGCGUCCGCGCAUUCACGCUGGAUCACUCAGUUCCCAGUGCUCACAAGACAAAGGUGGACCCUGUCACUGCUGAUCCAACCAAGCAUUACGACCACCCCUUCCACUGCCUCGCAUUCGGGUUGGACGACUGCCAGCAACAGCACCACCUCGGCGUGCUCAGCAGUCCCCAGCCGUGCCCAAUCUGCACCCAAGGCCUCACUACCCUUGCCGAUCUGAGCCUGCACAUCGACGCCCAUCUCCCUCAAAACCCCGGCGAAUGCGCCGAUAUGCAGACCAUCCUGGAGCGAGGAUGCCAAACUCUUCAGCAGUGGGUGGCGCACCUUCUCCGCUCGGCUCAUACUCGAUCCCUCAUCAACAAGACGAUCAACAACCUAGGUCCCGGUCAAGCUGUGUUCUUGUGUGAUUUCAAAAGGGACGAGUUCCACCACGCAGGUGCACACUACGUCAACUCGCCAUUCAGCGUCUUCCUAUCCAGUAAGAUGCAUACUCAAGCGAGUUUCGACAUCACCGACCUUUGGCACUUCGAGGCUGGUGAAGGCAAGUCACGCAUCGACCUUCACUUUGCGCACGUCAGCGCAAAGUUCAGCGAGUUCAUGAAAGGUGGCAACUCAAUUCACAACGGCAUGGAUGUCGAAAAAGGUAGGGCCUUGUAUUUCAUGUAUUCCAUUUGUUUGAAUCGAUUAUGGCUGCAUUUGCUGACUGGACACGUAUCAGCGCUCGCUACGAUGCCAGGAAUGACUGUCCACCAGCUGCACAUUGACGAAGCGACGCGUCGCCGCCUUCAAAAGGUCCCAAAGAGUAUCCCAACUCUGGAUCAGGCAGGUCACAUCGUGUACAACAACGGUGGCAUGCAGGGAUUCCGACUGAGCGACCGCUGCAUGCUGUUCGAGUACACUGGCGAGCGGCUGCGAGAAGUCUAUCGCCACGACUUCUCGACGCACCUGACCCUUGGCCAGCAGAACAGUCCACAUUGGAGCAACAACGCCGAACACCACGCCCAGAUUCGGCGUGAACGAGACUCCCACCCCGAGACUGCUGCCGUUUCUCCAGCGACGUCCGAGGCCGCCGCCGUUUCUCCCGCGACCUCCGAGACCGUCGCCGUUUCUGCCGCGACCUCCGAGACCGCUGCCGUUGGUGCAGCGACCCCCGAGACUGCUGCCAUUUCUCCAGCUUCACCACGCACUCCAUCCAAUCAAGUCCCACUGAACGGUUCCCUUCAAUUCACGCCAACGAUGCUCCACACCAUCAAUGCAGCGCCAGUGUUGAUGAAGGGGACCAAGACGUGUGGACCCCAGUCCAAGACGCGCAAGUCACUUGUUUUCACUCCGCCCACUCCGAGCAAAUCUCCCAACCUCCAAUGUCCGAAGUGCAGCAAGCUGUACAAAAGCUCUGCCUGGCUGAGUCGUCACAUCCAAGACUGUGCGGUCGCCUCCAAUGCUGAACUAGGGCUUCCUGAAGACGACCCGGGAAGCGAAUUGAUGGGCACGCAAUCGGCAACUGCCUCCAACGCGGAAGAAGUGGCUACCACAGACGACUCUUUUUCAGACGAGGAUGAAGCUACAGCCGCUGCAUCUUCAGAAGGGGCAAGCUCGGCCUGGGUAUUGACUUGCGGCGAGGAGUCCUCGCCAGAGCCAAUGACGAUGCCGGCCUCGAUGCGUGCACUCUCGGCCAAAGCCAGCCAACCGCUGUUUCGACAUGAUUUCACAACAACUGAACCGCAGCUGGCGAAGUUGCAGAGCCUCUUUCCUGCUGGUGAAGGUUUUGUUACAGAGCCUGUUCCCGUGAAUCGCACAACCGAAGAGGCACGAGCACCCAUCAGAUUCCUGUUUGAGUGCGCGAGAGCAAAAAAAUGAUCGCAUCUUGCCUGCGGACGCUUUGCAACUCGUCAUGGACCAGGAUGGAGAAUUGCGCUGCCGGGCGUUGCAGAUUGAUUUCCCUCACGUCAAGUCCUGGCUUGCCCAAUGGGCUCGCGCCCCGCCUACAAACCAGCCGCGCUCGCUAGCAGCCAACAGCCCGCGGCUUGAAACUGACGAGGUGACUUUGGAUUCGUUGCCUCCGAAUGCCAGAUGGGGAAACGAUUCGGAGAACGAGGAGCUUCCCUCCUGGACAGCGGCCGGCGACAGCGAUUUCAGUGUUACAAGUCCUUCUCGUUCGCCUCGGCAACGUCGAACGCGACGGCGGGUGACUGCUGCUGAGGAGGACUGAUUUGCUGGAAGCGUUCUGGAUCGGCGUGCCAGCAUUGGCCCGCUGGCACGCCGCCUGUGUUCCGCGAACGUUGUUUUGAAUGUGUAGUGUUAUUUUGUGCGAAAUAUUACUGUUGCAUGCAAAUGGCGAUGGUUGGGA